GAUUUAGUGGAUCUGGAUGCCAAACUAGAGGAGGCUGUCGUCAAAUUCAAGGAUAGCAUGACUCACAAAACCGAAAGAGAAGUGUAUGAGUCUGGGCAGUCGCUUUCAGUCGCAAAUGGGCCUCUGAAAGACGUCUUACUGAAAGCAGUCGAUGCAAUCGCUCUCCCGGACAUUGAUAUUGGGCCGAUCGAUGAUAUACUAAAGGAAAAGUUUGCAAGCUACCUGGACAGAAAGUCAAAGAAGCGUAAAAUGACUGACAGAGCUAUUGACGACGAGGAUGAUAAUGAAGAUGAGGACGACAGUUCAAUCGAGAGGAAGUUCAAGGCUGUUUUCAAGAAGCACAAGGUGGCCGAAAGUAUCCGUGAGAGCGCUUUCAAGGGUCUGGUCAAAUAUAUCGAUCAGAACCAAGAGUUCCUGUCACGCGUGGCGAUGAAGGCCAUGGCGGGCAAGGUGCGCACGGGACAGGUGGGCGAUGUCAGCGAGAUAGCGCACGAUCCAGAGGCGCCUUUUGAUCAAGUGCGUGCAGCGAAGAUCACCAAGGAGUAGGCGUGGUGUACCUAUUGAUGGAUGGCACGUGAAGGUGCAUGUACAACCGUUUUGUCCCGAAACUCGGAUGAGAUUCGGGUAUACUCGUCGAAGCGUAUGCUUGUAUAUAAAGGUUGAAUUAGGUUGAUUCCUUGUUGCGAUGGAGGUGAGGUUUCUGCGCGCAAUGAAAUAUGCAGUGAGUGCCGCCCACCCCACAAUCGUACGCGGACGAGUCUACAUUUAGUCACACGUCGGAGCUCUGCGGCAUGUGUUUGAUCUCCGGCGGAAGUGAAUGAGCAAGGGAAGAGUAGUGGACUGAAACCACAUGAAUCCUUGAAAGAUAGGUUACUGGGACCAAGAGGUCAAUUGCUUGUUCAGCACAGAAGUUGGAAAGGAAAGGGAUAGAUUCGAUAUUUUUCAUGCGACUUUCGCGCCAGUUUACAAUGGGAUGGUAGUUCUUGAGAUACGUUAGACUGAUUGGGUGAUAGACAAGUGUUUAGCCACCAAAUGAUCAACACCAAAAUGAAGACGAUCAC